AUCGUCAAGCCUAAUGUGGUCUCCGGUGCUGCUCGGCGGGGCAGUGGCGGCCGGCGCGUGGCUGGUGCUGCGUCCUUUGCUGCUGUAUCGCGGGUGUAGCAGUCUCUCCCAUGUUCCUACGCUGUCGCUGCUGCGAUUCCACCUGCAGGUGCAGCUGCAGUCGCUGAUCUUGUGGGUCUCCGGAGUAUCGCGCAGUCUUCCGACGAUCCCAGACGUCGACCAAUUGCCUGGUGCAGUGCUGCGCGUGCUGGGGAACAACCCCAGCCGCAUGACGCUCAGCGGCACCAACGUGUACGUGGUGGGGGAUGGACCCUCGCGGCUGUUAAUCGACUGCAGCGACGGCAAUGAAGCUUUCAUCUCGGAUCUGUUGGUGACCCAUGGUCAUCUGGACCAUGUCGGGGGACUGCUGCAACUGAGGAAGAGGUUUCCCAAGAUGAAGGUGUGGAAGUACCUGCCUGAGGCGGGUAAGGAAGGCGAAGGGGACGGAGAUCGGCGACUGCGACUGAGCAACGAGGAGAGUCGACGACUCGGAAUUCAAGCGCUGCAAGACGGACAGGAGUUCCCAGUGCCGGGUACUGCAGGGGUGUUGAGAACAAUGUACACCCCAGGACACUGCAACGACCACAUUUGCUUCCUGCUGAAUGGGGUGGAGGGGCUGAAUGCCUCCGUGCUGUUCUCGGGAGACUGCGUUUUGGGUUUCGGUAGCUGCGUGUUCGACUCGCUGGCGGAUCUUAUGAAGUCGUUGACCAAGUUGAAGGCUUGCGGCGCUGCUACGAUCUACCCGGGGCAUGGCCCCGUGGUGAAGGAUGCACCUGGCAAGAUCCUCGAGUACAUUAAGCACCGCCAGCAGCGCGAGGAAGAUGUGCUGGAAGUGCUCAAAAAGCACAGCGAUCGGCAGGAAGGGCUGUCGACGGCGGAGAUUGUGGAUGAAGUUUAUGAGCCACUUCCGUACCUGCUGCAGCUCUCGGCGAGGAAGGCCGUCGACAAGCACCUUCAGAAACUCCUCACAGAACACCGCGUCCGGAAGGUUCGUCGAGCGGGGUGGUUCCAGUCCGCCACGUACAUUUUAAGCUAAGUUGGCCAUCGUGUUGACCGCCGUGAAGACGCAAACAUCAAGAAAUGGUUUUUGUGGUG